UAUUUUGAAUAGAAAAAAAUUAUUUGAUUUCGACCAUCUCUCAUUGUAUCCUAUGAAAAAAUUAUUGAUGCUAUUUUAACCACUUUGCCCGCUACAUUUUUGCUAUUAAACAUUAUAUGCUUCAACUCUCUCUAGUAUACACAAUCAUACUUCUUUUUUACAGAAUUUGUUUAAAAACAGUUUGAUAAUAACCAUGACCUCUAAUAGUAGGAAGACACUUGAUAAAUUAUUCACUGGUAGCCAUGUUCAUAUAAAGCAUAGAGAUGCUGUUAUGGAAAAAAUACAAAGACUUGUUAGUGAUGGUACCUCUUGUUUACAAGUCAUCAGUGACUUUGAUAUGACAAUUAGCAAAUACAAACAUUUAAACAAAAGAUGUCCGUCUAGUCAUACAAUAUUGGAAAUGAAUUCAUUAAUACCAAAUGAUGUCAAAACACAGCUCACCAAUUUAAAAGAAAAAUAUCAUGCAAUUGAAAUUGAUCCUAAUUUAACACAAGAAGAAAAAAUUCCUCAUAUGAUUGAGUGGUGGACAAAGGCUCAUAAACUUAUCAGUUCCUCUGAAAUUAAAAAAAGUCAUUUGCAAGAUAACGUUUCUAAAUCUGAAGCUAUGCUGCGUGAUGGUUCUGAACAUAUGAUUGAUACUUUACAUAAACACAAUGUCCCACUUCUUAUAUUCUCAGCAGGUGUGGGAGAUGUAUUGGAAGAAGUCAUCCGACAGAAAUCAAACUUUCAUCCAAAUAUCAAAAUAGUGUCAAAUUUUAUGGAAUUUGAUGAAACUGGGACUUUAAUUGGGUUCAAAGGUGAUUUAAUCCAUACUUUCAAUAAGAACGAAUCAGCAUUGGAAGAUGAUGAUUAUUUCGAAAAUGUAAAACACAGACACAACAUUAUUAUGAUGGGAGAUAUGCUCGGAGAUUUGACCAUGGCAAACGGUGUCCCCAAAAUGAAUGUUUGUUUGAAGAUUGGCUUUUUGAAUGCCAAGUUUGAUGAAUUACUGGAACAGUUCAUGGAUGCUUGGGAUAUAGUUCUGGUAGAUGACCAAACUAUGGAUAUGGCGAAUGCAAUACUUGAUACAAUUAUAGAAGUUGGAGAGCAAGUUGCAGCAUGAGGUUUUUAGGAGCCAUUGUUGUGCAACUCCAGAUUGCAGAUAUAAUAAUCAGGCCAAAUGAGAAAAAAAGAAUACAAGAGCAUAACAUUAUUUUGGCAUAAUGGUAACCUGGUAAAAACAUCAUUUCCUGUUAACCUGGGGAUCGGGUCAAUAUUGGAGUUGAGGAUGGUGACUGGUGACAUGGAAUUCAGUGAAGAGUUGUCAAAUUUCUUUUUGCUCUGCUGCUGUUUAUUAGUGUUUCUUAAUUUUGCUCUUUUCUGGUCUAAAUACAUGGAAAUGGAACAAAA